AUGACUCCAAAUCAACAGUAUCCUUCCAAGGUGAUGUUUGAAAAUGAGAUGGGGAAGACAGUGGAACAGGAAGCACAACAGACCAAUGGAGAAGACACAAGCAAUGAUGUGGAAAAUCAGAAGCAAGAGGAAAAAUUUGCACAGAUAAAAAAAAGAGAAGAGAAAGAAAUUGAAGGACAGAAAACACAGAAUGAAAGUACUGAAGUAAUAGUGGAGCAACAACAUAAGGAAAAUGAGAGACUACAAGCCACAAAGAAAGAACAGGGAGGGGCAGAAAAAGGCAGAACUCAGAUGUUGUUGAAUUGGCAAGUAAAAAAACCAAUAUCAGUAGGAAAUACCUUUGAUGCAUUGAGGAAUACAGAGGAAGAAACUGGUGGUAAUCAAAACGCUCAGAAAACUAGUACAUCAAACACAAGAGUAAAUAAAAAAAGGGAGGGUCCAGGAAGUGGGGGAAAUGGGGCAGGGCCCCAUCCCCACAGAUAA